GCGGCUGGCACACAUGUCGGUGCCGCGGUGCGCGCUGGGCGCGGCCGAGCUCGGCGGCCGGCUGCUGGUGUGCGGCGGGUACGACCGCGCGCGCGUGCUGCGAUGCGCGGAGGCUUACGACCCCGACACCAACACGUGGGCGGCGCUGCCCGACAUGCGCAGCGCGCGCGGCCGCUUCCCCGCCGCGGUGCUGGGCGGCGCGCUGUACGCGCUGGGCGGCAGCGACGGGCACGCGGAGCUGGACUCGGUGGACGCGUUCGCCGGCGGCGCGUGGGAGCGGCGAGCGCGGCUGCCGCUGGCGCGGUCGCACGCCGCCGCGGCCGCGGACGAGCGCGCCGGCGUGCUGUACGUGGCCGGGGGGUGGGCGGCGGGCCGCUGCCUGCGCCAGGUGCACCGCUACUCGCCCCUCGCCGACGCCUGGGACGAGGCGCCGCCGCUGACCACGGGCCGGUCGCAGUGCGCGGGCGUGGUGUGGCAGGGCGAGCUGUGGGUGCUGGGCGGGUGUGACGCGUGGCACUGCCUGGCCGGCACGGAGCGGCUGCGCGCGGGCGGCUGGGCGCCGGGCCCCGCGCUGCCCACUGCGCGCCGCUCGGUGGGCGGGGCGGUGUGGCGCGGCCGGCUGGUGGCGGCCGGGGGCUCCUCGGGCGGCGCCUCGCUGCGCACCACCGCCUGGCUCGCGGCCGACCUGGCCGGGAGAUGGUCGGUUCCCGGCGCGGGGCUAACGGUGUGUCGCCGGCAGGGCCCGCUGCUGCGCGAGGCGCGCGCGGCGCCGGCGCUGUGCGUGGUGCGCGACGUGCUGUACUGCGCGGGCGGCUUCAGCGGGCAGGAGUUCCUGGCCAGCGUGGAGUGCCUGCUGGAGCCCGACGGCUGCUGGACGGCGCUGUGGCUGCCGCGCUCCCCCGCCACUCAAAUCGCGGAGGAGCGAACCCAUGAAAACCCCGAGCCGCUCGUGAACGGGAUCCACGACGCCUUGUCCGAGCGAGAGGACGAGAUGGGCGCACGAAGCGAGUGCGAGCGGGACGGCGCACCGGCGGAGAAGGGUGCGGGCGAGAGAGGCGGCGCGGUGGAGCGGGAGGGGGAGAGCGGCGCGGUGGGCGGGGCCUGAGCGCACCUCGCUUUUAGAUACAAUUAAAGUUUAUGACGAAAUGCGCGCCCUCAGCUCAGCUCAGUUCAGUUCAGCUCAGCUCAGCUCAGACCGCGACUUCCUACUUCACAUUAACACCGACAACCGCCAGCUAUUCUUUCGAUGGUUUGGUUUGAUGUUUCCUUUGGUGCGAUUGCGCCGAGAUAUAAUAUAGAAAUAUUGUAAAAAGGCUACUUUAUCAUUCUGUAGUUUUUGUUACAUUCUCAUGACGUGAACAACUCGGCCGCGUGUCGCGUGUCGCGUGUCGCGCACAUACAUUCCUGUUCGAUCGGAAAAUUCCAUUAUCUUAUAAUGACAUUGCAGCCCAAUAAAAGAAAUGAGAGAAAACAUUUCUCGUGUUAUCAGCAUGUCUAUCCGUCCUUCAACAUUGGGCUGAACACUUUCUCCGAGUCCCUGAGCUCCCCUCCCCCCCACACACACACACACACAUUCCUGGGAACAUAAUCAUUUUAUAUUGUUCAUAUAGACUCUGCAACUGUAUCUAUAACUCCAUGUGAACGUAUAUAAUUUAUGUGUUAUCGCAAUGCCACUUAUAAAAA